UGUAUCUCUCAGCUGCUGGCAUUAAGCACCCGAGGACUGGUGCGAACUCUCUGGCGGUAUUGCAUUUAGCUUCAAGAUUUCUUUUGUUGUUGUUGAGUGCCGUGGCUGGUUUUAAUUUUUGACACAGAUGCUAAAUAUAUUUUCUUUUUCUAACGAUCGAGUAGAAACCACGUAGUCUGUGUGUUAUUUAGAAAAUACGUCUCUUUUCUUAUUUGUUAAAGUUUCCUUCCAAAAUCCUUUCAUCCCCCGUUCGCUUUUCUUCAUAAAAUGCUAUCUUUUGGGCAGCGCUUUUAAAUACUAAGCGGCUUUCUUUUUGUAUGCACUAGACGGUAGUAGUUAGUAGCCCGGGUCAAUUUACAAAACCCUUUGAACAGACCGUAAUUGCUUAGAACCCAGGGUUUCGCGGAGCAAGCGUGGAGGUUGGCGUUGUGUUGAAAGUCCGGGAGUGCCGGAGCUGAGGACUGAUCUUUCUCUCUGCCUUUGUUCUGUGUGUCCGUAAAACAGUUAAAGGCGAAAUAGUUGAAAGUAACCUGCGGAAACCGCUUAAGUGAAAAUAAAAAACAGAAGCUAGCUGUGCUAUUAUGAAGUCUGAAGCCUUGCUGCUAUAUUUUUCACUACUACAUUUUGUUGGGGCUGGUUUCCCUGAAGAUUCUGAACCUAUCAGUAUUGCACAUGGCAACUAUACAAAACAAUAUCCGGUAUUUUUGGGUCACAAGCCAGGACGAAAUAACACACAAAGGCAUAAACUGGACAUUCAGCUGAUUGUGAAAAUGAAUCGAACGCUCUACAUUACUGCUAGAGACCACAUUUAUACCGUUGAACUGGAUACGUCAUUCAAAGAACAGAUUAAUUUUAACAAAAAGUUAACCUGGCGAUCCAAACAAGCUGAUAUAGACAUAUGUAGAAUGAAGGGAAAACAUAAGGAUGAAUGCCACAAUUUCAUUAAAGUGCUUCUGAAGAGAAAUUAUGAUACCUUAUUUGUCUGUGGGACAAAUGCGUUUAACCCUUCAUGCAGAAAUUACAAGUUGGAGACCCUGGAAGUCCUUGGAGAUGACAAUAUCAGUGGAAUGGCAAGGUGUCCUUACGAUCCAAAACAUGCAAACAUUGCACUAUUUGCUGAAGGUAAGCUUUAUUCAGCAACUGUAACAGACUUCCUUGCAAUUGAUUCUGUUAUAUAUCAGAGCCUUGGAGAAAGUCCAACACUACGGACAGUAAAACAUGACUCAAAAUGGUUGAAAGAACCUUACUUUGUCCAGGCUGUGGAUUAUAAGGAUUAUAUCUAUAUCUUCUUUCGAGAAAUAGCAGUAGAAUACAACACCAUGGGAAAGGUUCUCUUCCCACGAGUGGCUCGGGUUUGCAAAAAUGACAUGGGAGGUUCUCAGAGAGUAUUAGAGAAGCAAUGGACAUCCUUUGUCAAGGCUCGUCUCAACUGUUCGGUACCAGGGGAUUCACAUUUUUACUUCAACAUCCUGCAGUCAGUGACUGAUGUCGUACGUAUUUAUGGUCGCGAUGUGAUUCUAGCAACAUUUUCUACACCAUAUAACAGCAUCCCUGGCUCAGCGGUCUGUGCGUAUGAUAUGGAGGACAUUGCCACUGUUUUUACUGGUCGAUUCAAAGAGCAGAAGUCUUCUGAUUCCACGUGGACCCCUGUCCCUGAAGAUCGAGUUCCUAAGCCAAGGCCAGGUAGUUGUGCAGGAUCACCGUCUCUGGAAAGAUACAUCAGCUCCAAUGGAUUUCCAGAUGACACCCUCAACUUCAUUAAAACACACCCUCUACUGGACGAAGCUGUCCCCUCAAUUUACAAUAGACCAUGGUUUUUGAGGACAAUGGUCAGGUAUCGAUUGACUAAAAUAGCAGUGGACACUGAAGCGGGCCCAUGCCAGAAUUACACCGUGGUGUUUCUUGGGUCAGAGAAAGGAAUCAUCUUAAAAUUCCUGGCCAAAGCAAAUAUGGGCUCCAUCAAUGAUAGCAUCUUCCUGGAGGAGAUUAAUAUCUACAAUGUAGAAAAGUGCAGUAUUGAUGGUGUGGAAGAUAGAAGAAUCGUGGGAAUGUUGCUUGAUAAGCCCAGCAAUGCUCUGUUUGUGGCCUUCUCCACUUGUGUCGUGAGGAUGCCUCUUGCUCGAUGUGAGCGGCACAACAAGUGCAAAAAGGCUUGUGUUGCCUCUCGGGACCCCUACUGUGGUUGGCUGAAGGAGGGAUCAUGCAUGCAGCUGUCACCGACAACUAAAUCAUCAUUUGAACAGGAUAUCGAGCACGGGAACACAGAUGGUCUGGGAGACUGCCAAAACUCCUUUGUGGCUCUGAAUGACUUAUCGACCACUCCACAAGGUCAUGAAAUGUCUCGUGAUACAAUACAUGGCUACUUCAGCUCUGCCUUUUCCACUACCACCCCUCCUACAGCAAUUAAGGAGGGUUAUGAUGCCCAGGGGCGGAUGCUGGAUCAGAAGAAUGUUAUUGCGUCCUCAGAAAUCAUUGACCCAAAUGUGAUUAACCCUCCACACAUUCACCAUGAUACCAACGGAGUAAUCCGUGAAAGUUACCUCAAGGGUCAUGAUCAGCUUGUUCCAGUCACCCUUUUGGCUAUUGCAGUUAUUCUCGCCUUUGUCAUGGGGGCAAUUUUCUCAGGAAUAAUUGUUUACUGCAUUUGCGAUCACCGCCGCCGGGACAUUGAUGUGGACCAAAGGAAAGAGAAAGACCUGCCUCGAUCUCGCAAGGAUUCCAUGGCCAGUGUCACGAAGCUCGGGGUCCUGUUUGAUGCUCAGACAAAGGAUCCAAAGCCAGAAGCUCUGCUCACUCCUCUGAUGCACAACGGUAAAAUCGUAACACCAAACGGCACGACUAAGAUACUGAUCAAAGCCGAUCAGCACCAUUUGGACCUGACGGCCCUGCCCACUCCAGAGUCAACGCCAACCUUGCAGCAAAAGCGAAAGCUGAGCCGUGGCAGCAGCCAGUGGGAGAGGAACCAGAACCUAAUCAAUGCCUGCACUAAAGACCUGGCCUCCAUGGGGUCGCCAGUGAUUCCCAUGGAUCUUCCCCUCCGUGCCUCCCCCAACCACAUUCCGAGUGUUGUGGUCCUCCCUACCACGCAGCAGAGCUUCCAGCACGACUAUGGCGAUCAAGGGCACCGAUCGGAAAUGGCGCAAAUCACUAUUGAAGAUCAGAACGCCACACUGGAAUACAGAAGUAUAAAAAGCCCCUGCCAUGGACUGGUUGCAAACCAUGACCAUGUGCCACCAAAAGUUCCUCAGAGAGAAGCCUCACUCGGCUCCGCUAAUUCUGGGCUGACUCAGAAUGCUCUGAGCAAGAGGCUGGAUGUUCCUUCCCCUUCGUAUGCAAUCGAAUACAAGCGAAACUAUCCCAGCAAUUCAUUGCAGAGAAAUCCUCAAACAUCUGCCUUCAAACGAAACUACAAUACUAACUCUUCCAAUUCCUCCCACCUCUCCAGAAACCAGAGUUUUAACAGAGGAGAGAACCCUCCCCCUGCACCGCAAAGAGUAGACUCCAUGCUGGUUAAUGCAGGCCAAUCUCAGACGCAGGCUGUGACCGUGUCUAGGAGAUCCAGCAUCACAGCACCAUACAACUCUCUGCCAAGACUGGGGCUGAAACGCACACCCUCCAUAAAACCAGAUGUUCCACCAAAACCCACAUUUGGUCCCCAUUCAGCUUCCAUCAAAGCAAAUGACACAUGUACAUAAUCACAGUGGGAAGUACAAAAUGGUGUGGACCCUGCUUUCUGAGUCAGUGCUUUGCAACUGCAACACUAGUUUUGUGUAUUUCUUUUUAAAAGAAGAGCUGUUGUUAAGCUGAGAAUACUUAUCCCUUCUCCCUGGGAAAAGUGGAAUAUUUACUUGCGAUUGAUGCAGCUACUGAACUCAGCAGUUGAAAGGUGGGGUUAGCAGCUGUGGAACUUCCAUCUACGGGGGAAUUUAUGAUUGAUGAGCCUAAAGCACAAAACUGCGGCAAACGUGUAAUGUCUCCUUGACUCUACAGCAACUGCCCUUUAGGGAGAUGAGUUUCAAAAACAAAGCACUGAAGAUGUUGACUCAGACUUAACAAUAGCUGAAGUUUACUGUUUGCAGAUAGUCUCAGAUACUGUGAAAUGCCUCUCAGUGUUACAUUCGCUUGGCUGAAGCAGAUAUCAGCCAUUUUGGCAAGGCUUUGGCCUACAUCUCUGCUAUUGUCCUUGUAAUGAUUAAUGUGACUUAACACUAAUAGCUCCUGGUAUUUAUUAUUUAAGUGCUAUUUCAAAUAUGACUGACUCCUUCAAAUGAAUUUAUGGAUAUUCUUUAAAAAAAAUCUGAAAAAAGUCUAAAAUGUAAUGUUUGUAAUUAUUUAAGUCAAGUCAAUUAACUGGAGACAUUCAAUACUUUUUUUUUUAAAGAUAACUGUCCACUAACAAUAUGGAGGUGGCAUACUGAGUGCAGUGUUUCUACUCUGCUGCUGGUUGGGUUAUCAAAGUGCUUGGGGAGGGGAGAAGCAAAGAAAGGGGCUAUUUAUUUUAUUGUGACAGGUUCAUUUCUUGGUGAGCUGAAUGGGGGAGUGCAUCAAUGAAAAUGUCCAAGUUUGUUCCCCUGAGGACUCGAACAGGAAAGGAAAGAAACUCAGAUAACCGUGCACACAGGUGGAGGCGCCAUCUAUUAUUCAGAGGAUGUCUAAGCAUUUAACAGCGGGUUGGUUUUGUCAGUAAUUCAUACUUGCAAAGUAGAAAUGGCACAUCGUGUGGCAGCAAAACUUAAUUUUGCACGUGGCACAGCAAUGGGUGGAGCCUGCUGAAAGACAAGCUGUUACAGUGCAUACUUCUAUCAUGCUGGUUCUAACUAGGAAUACAUCUGUGUGGCAAGCCUCUUUUUCCAUGUGUAAAUUUGUGCCUUACAACAACAAUUAUGUAUAGUUCUAGCUAGUAAUGUGCAAAUAAUUCCCCACUUUAAAAAAAAAAAAUUUUGCUAAAUUUUCCUGCCCAUUUGGAAUAAUUUGACUCUCACAGAAUAUUCAAGCUUGAGUCCCGGAAAAAUCCGGACACAGCGACAUACGAGUCGCACAGCCGUGCCAAUCCUCCCCUCCCAACAUGCGACAAUUGCAGAAGAUUUCAAGCUCACCCACAUUUCUCUGGGUGUGUUCCCUUUCAUCUUUAUUUCUGUACUGUAAUUGAACAUACAGUAUUCCCACUGGCUAAUUCGGAAAGACGGACGUGCUUUAAUAAUGUUUCUAUCAGUGACAGGUGGGCAAUGGCUAUGAUCUGAUCAGUUAUCCAGUUGGUCAGUGCCUCAAUUCAAGGCUCCACUAAACCUACAUUGUAAAUGUUAGUGAAUUGGCAAAGCAGUCUUAAAGCAGGCUGGCUCCUGCUGUGGUAACACUGCUUUAAUAAGUGCAGCCAGAAGGAUAGUGAAACCUUUUGGCGCAAGUGUUUCUAAUUACUACUUUUAUUUUACAUUUUUCAGUUUGUCAUGCACGUUGAAUUGAGUGUUCUUACCUGUUUAAUAAUUGUCAACAUGUCAUAGAAAUAAGGUUUUUAUCAACUGUGCUGAAUGAAUCUUCCUUUUUAUUACUUUUUGUACUUACCUGCCUUUACAGUUUUCUUCAUUUGGACACCUACUUGCAAGUUGGUUAGAGUUUAGCAUGGUAGCUGGAUAAUUACCGAAGGAACUAGACCAAAGUGUGUAACAAGGGUGCAUACACAUUCAACUUCUGUGUCCUCUAUUUGCAGAACGUUAUUAAGUUGACUAGCAUUGAUGCAUUCCUUCAAAACAACUUUUUAAAAUAAAUUGUUAACUUUGUAUGUUUCGAGCAAACUUCGUUUGCUGUUUCUCAUGCCUUCUUUAUGUUCAUGCUGUGUGAGUGCAAUUUUAAUACAUUCUUAUCAUUUCAACGAGAAAUUCACCACAGUACAUUUUAUGCAAAAAUAAACCCGAUGAGUUCAUAUUGAGAGGCCAGUAUUGUACUCACAACCAUUGAUUUGAUUCAAAGCAUAAUGCCCUGAAAUAAAUGAAUAGUAGUGUGCUGUUUGCUGCCUUCUCUUUCCUGGCAGUGUCCUUGUUGAUCCUCUUUGCCCCUACGUGUGCCUUUUGAAGCUCACCUUUGAUAUAAACUCUUGGAUACAAGAGUCGAACACUGGUUGUGUAAAAUGUAAAAUAGUGUGAUGUUGGCACAAUCUCUUUCCCACGGCUCCAUCUCCCUAACAUCCAGUUCACAACUCAAAUGUAUGUUGUAAAAAAAACUCUUUAAUUAUUACAUAAUGUAAUAAAACAGACUGCUCUGCUGUU